ACGAAAAGCGGGAACAGGGAGAAAUUAAUUUUGAAAUAAUUGUUAUUUAAGAGUUGUUUUUCUUUCAUCACAAAGGAUUAUUGAAAUUCAAUUUGUGGGAGUGGCACAUCAUGGGUUAAAGUUCAACGUCCAUUUUCACGGUUGUCUCCCUCGCGGAUUUCAAUGCCACGUAUCCCCGCGCAUGCGCCAAUAUUGCUCGCUUCCGGAAACAAUUCGUGUCCAUAAAAGCAUUGUAAGGACUGACGUAGAAAUUGACAAUGUGUUACGAAUGAUAGAAAUGUAGUUGUGUGUGAAGCUAACUUCUAUAUUCGUAACCACUCAUGCUUGAAUUAUCUUGUAAAACGUUAGAAAGUGUGAUAAUAAUUUGUUCAGAAGGGUUACUUUCAUUUGUCAAUGAGUAAUCCAGGGCAUCCACCCAGACUCCCUGUGUUCUCACCACUGGACGACAUAAUGAACCCAUCCACGGGAAACGAAGUGCCAGGUCAAAGUAAACCUCCAGGUCCUGCUCCAAAUGGCCCAUUUGUUCCAGGAAUGUUUCAGCCUGGUUCUGUACCCAUGAGACCUCCAGCUCCAGGCAACCCACCAGGCCAGUGGGCAGGAGCUCCCCCAAGACCUCCUGGAGUGAAUGGAUUUGGUAAUACUUCUAUGCAGCCACCUCAACAAAUGCAACAUAUGAAUGCAGGGCCUCCACGGCCUCAGGCCCCUCCUCCUAUGUUCAACGUAAAUUCUCCGGGUCAGCAGCCCCCGAUGCGACCAGCUGGACAGAUGCCUCCUCCCCCCCAAACCUCACAGACUGCCAGUUCUUUCAUGAAUGGGCCAAGCAAUGCGAACAUGAACACUCGGAUGGCUCGACCCCCAGUGCCAACAAUUUCUGCGCCUUCAGGGGGGCCUCCGUCUGCGAGUCAGGGUGGGUCGUUCAAUAAUACUCAAGGACAGCCCCCCUCAUUCCAGACCUAUGGCUCUCAACAGAACCCCGGACUGCCGCAUGAUGGAGUCCCUCAGAGUCGCCCUAAUGAGUUGCCAGUUCCGUUUCAUGGACAAGGACAAUACUCUCAUCAGGUUAACCCUUUCAUGCAAAAAACACCAACUCAGACUCCAGGCAAUUCAGCACCCCCGUCCCAGAAAUCUUCUCGGGGGCCGUCCCCUGUGCCUGGUUCAACCAUGGAUGCGCUGGAAGGGCAGUUCACACCUUCUCGUGGAGCACCAUCCCCAGCUUUUCCAGGAGCGAGAGGGAGCCCAGUGCCUGGUCAGGUGCCGGCCGGGAACUUCCCCCCACCUAAUCAAGGGCAGUACCCCGGGCCCAGACCUCCGCUGCCUGGCGCCCCAGGCCAAGUGCCGCCGCAGCGUUUCCCUCCCGGACAGGCUCAACACUUCCCUCCACAACCGGGGUUGCCCCCUGGCCCCGCCCAUCCACCAGCUCCAUCACAACAGGUACAGCCGCAGCAGCCUCCCUACGGGUUCGGUCCACUGCCGCCGCAAGCACCUGCUGGCCCAAACGCCGGCCCCCCUCCUCCCCCUUCCUCCACCGCUGCUCCUCCGAGUGGUCCUGCUGGCUUCCCCCCUGUGUCUAGUUCGCCCAUGGGGGGGUUCCAGCCUCGUCCACCAUCUAACAAUUCCAGCUUCGCUCCCCCGCCCCCCAUGUCGUCCAACGCUCCGGGGAGUUUCCCCCAUCCCCCAGGACCAGCCGCCCCAGGACAGAGGUACCCCCCUCCCCCUUCAAACGCGGCCCCAUCGAGGUACCCCCCACCACCUGGAGCUAACACAGUCCCUGGCUUCCCGCCAGCACCCACUCCAGCCACCUCACAGCCUAUGGCACAACCCGGAGCCAUGCAGCCCCCCUCACAGUAUGGGGGUGCCCCACCGGGCUCGUAUGGGAGUCAACCUUAUGGACAACCUCACCAAGGAAUGUACGCCAAUAAUGUAAAUGCCAUGACCCAGAAUUUUGGCCAGAUGGGAGUGCAGGAUUCACAAAGAGCUGUUAACCUGCUCAAUGAGAGGCAGUUGAUGCCUCCUGAUGGAGUGGAGACGGCAAAGCCCAUCUUGCCUCAUGAUUUCAAGAAAGUCAACUGCAGCCCAGACAUAUUUCGUUGCACACUGAAUGCCAUACCACAGACUUCAGCUUUACUCAGCAAAGCCAGGUUACCACUGGGAAUUCUUAUUCAUCCUUUCAGGGAUCUUUCUCAACUCCCUGUCAUUCAGUCGAGUGUCAUCGUCCGAUGCCGAUCCUGCCGGACGUACAUCAACCCUUUUGUUGUGUUUGUAGACCAGAGGAGGUGGAAGUGCAACUUGUGCUUCAGAGUCAACGAUUUGCCAGAUGAGUUCUCCUUUGAUCCUGUCAGUAAAACGUAUGGGGACCCUCAACGUAGGCCAGAAGUGAAAUCAGCAACGAUUGAAUUCAUUGCACCAUCGGAGUACAUGUUACGCCCUCCCCAGCCAGCUGUGUAUCUCUUUCUCUUGGACGUGUCUUUCAAUGCUGUGGAAACAGGUUAUUUAUCCCAGUUUUGCCAAAUUCUGUUGGAUGAACUGGAUAAACUGCCGGGAGAUGCCAGGACAACUGUUGGAUUCGUGUGCUACGACCGGGCGCUGUAUUAUUUCAACCUGGCAGAAGGAUUAUCACAACCUCAAAUGUUGUGUGUGCCUGACUUGGAAGAGUUCUACAGGUGGGAGAGUCACAGUUAUGCAGACUUGCCUUCCUACGGUGGGACCUGGUGCUUUACAAAACAGAGAUUCUGGCAAUACCUCUGGCAAAAAUGUGACAAAUAUAGGGCCUGCCACAGAUUUUUACAAGAAGUUAUCCCUGGAUUGCUCAGCUCAGCAGAUUGCAGUAGAUCUCUUCAUGCUCAAUGGCCAGUAUGCAGACAUUGCCACACUGUCCUGUAUAUCCAAGUAUUCAGCAGGAUGCAUUUACCAUUUCCCAUCAUUUCACACCGUGAAGAACCCCAGCCAGGUGGAUAAGUUUGAAAAUGACCUGCGCCGUUAUUUGACAAGAAAGAUUGGCUUCGAGUCGGUGAUGAGGAUCAGGUGCACGAGAGGCCUGAGCAUCCACACCUUCCACGGCAACUUCUUUGUGCGGUCGACGGACUUGCUGUCGCUGCCCAACAUCAACCCAGACGCUGGCUUUGGCAUGCAGAUGUCCAUAGAGGACAACCUGAACGAGUCCCCCACCGUCAGCUUCCAGGCAGCUCUGUUGUACACCUCAAGCAAAGGAGAGCGGCGAAUUCGAGUCCACACUCUUUGCGUCCCUGUCACAAACCAGAUCGGGGAAGUGUUUGCUACAGCAGAUCAGCAGGCUGUGGCGGCUUUGUUGGCCAAGAUGGCUGUGGACAGGUCUCUCAACUCUGCAAUCAGCGACGCCCGCGAUGCCAUGAUCAACGCACCAGUAGACACUUUGUCAGCCUACGCCCAGCAGGUCCCGGCCUCCCAGCGCGUGGGUGCCCUGUUAGCCCCGCACUCGCUGCGCCUCCUGCCCAUGUAUAUGCUGGCCAUGCUCAAGAGUAUUGCCUUCAGCUUAUCCUCCAGUACCAAGACCGACGACCGUGUGUUUGCCAUGCAGCAGUGUAAGGUGCAGCCGCUGUGCUACCUCAUGCAGAGCCUCUACCCUCACCUUUACCCACUCCACAGAAUCAGUAGUGAGACCCCACUAAAGAGAGGGAAGGAGGAGAUUCCGGCUACUCCCCAGCUUCAGUUGUCGUCUGCGAAUAUUGACCGGACUGGCCUGUUUCUGAUGGACACGGGAGAUGCCAUGUACCUCCUGGUGGGCAGUGGCGUUGGGGACCAGAUGUGCCAAGACGUGUUUGAAAAACCAAAUUUCAUGUCAAUCCCAGAUGGCAUGAUUGACUUGCCUGAGUUGGAGAACCCCACCUCGGAGAUGAUUCGCUGUUUUGUGAAUUUCCUCAUAGACUCCAGGCCCAACGGUAUCACCUUCUUAGUGAUCAGGGACGACAGCAAACACAGGCACCUAUUCUUCCAGCACAUGUUGGAAGAUCGCACGGAAAACAGCAUGUCCUACUACGAAUUCCUGCAGUUCUUACAGGGCAAAGCAAAGGGUUGAUGACGAGACUAUUACAUAGUCUUAGUCUGUUUACUUAGCUCUUCAACCAAUUAUUUGUAGAUUGUGUUCCCCUCCUCAGAAAAAAAAUCUAUGUACAUACUAUUCAGCAUUGUGAUCUAAUCUAUAUUUAUUUCUCUGUCAAAGAUUUGAAUAGAAUGUUUUCUGCAAUGUACAAUUUCCGUAUGGUGAAAAA